AGAGCCGAGCACUGAAGUUCAGCUAAACCUCAUCUUCCUGAAAGCAAUGACUGCGUGCAUCUUCAUACGAAGAGGGAAGAUUGAGAGAGAAUUGGCAGAUGAUGAGAUUGAAGAGCUGCGUGAAGCGUUCGAAGAGUUUGAUAAGGAUAAAGAUGGACUGAUCAGCUGUAAAGAUCUAGGCAACCUGAUGAGAACUAUGGGUUACAUGCCUACGGAGAUGGAGCUGAUUGAACUGGGCCAGAAUAUCAAUAUGAACCUGGGAGGACAGGUGGAUUUUGAAGACUUCGUGGAACUGAUGGCACCAAAACUCCUGGCUGAAACAGCUGGAAUGAUCGGCAUGAAAGAGCUGCGGGAUGCCUUCAAACAGUUUGACAUGGACGGCGAUGGAGAGAUCACGACAGAAGAGCUGAAGUUAGCUAUGAAUAAGCUGUUGGGAGAAAACAUGACUCACAAAGAGAUUGACGCCGUGGUCAGAGAGGUCGAUGACAACGGUGAUGGAACUGUAGACUUUGAAGAGUUUGUGAAAAUGAUGUCAAGCUGCUGAGAGAGGUGCAGAAGUGGGAAGUGAUGAUGUACAAUUACUUUGUUAUUGUACUUAAAUUGGGUUUUAAUGGUCUGUACUUUACUUUCUUUCACCUAAUAGUUUUCGACUUUCUCCUCACUACAUUUUCACAAACUACAUCACUACAUUUCUCGAUAAUCAUAGACAGGAUUUGUAUAAUCAUGUAUAAGGAGUUGAUAUAAUUAAACUUUAACAGACUUAACAGUAAGAAUUAGACCUGAUACCCAUCCCUGUAAUCUAUCUGUUACUAUGUACAUGUUGUAUUUAUCAGGGCAGAUUAUAUUAUGAAGGCCAGCUAUUAUCAUUCAGCUAGCUUUUAUUGUAAGACUUAUGAUCAUGCUAGCAAACAUUUGAGAGAUUAGGAUUAAGGCUUUUUUUUCCUACAUUCCUUGAUUACUUGGUGAAAGAAGCACUAAUUUACCAUAAGUAACUAAAAUCAGUGUGUGGUUUGAGCUAGACAUUUUUUUUUUCUAAAUCUUUCUUGUACUUUCAUACUUUCAUUAAAUUUAAGGGUUUAUACUUUUCUACUUUAUCUUGAAUGAAGAAUUGGAAGCAUCAACGUUUAUCAGAUUAUUUAUUUAUAUGAGUAAUUGCACUUUUAUUUGAGUAAAGAAUGAUCUGUGGAUAGGUGUAAGCUAAUACUGAUGGAAACACACAUUGAAAAUAAAUAUGCAUAAAUUAAUUAAUAUGUUCAUAGUAUAUACACUGUAGGAAAAAAACAACAUAUAGCUGUGCUUGCUGACAGUCUGAUCAUGUCCUGCACUGACAUUCAUAGUCACCUGCAUAAAAUUUGGUUUUCUUCUGGUUUUCCUUACAUAUCGCACUAAUUUACGAGGAUCAGGGUCACUGAAUGUACGCUCUCAACCAAAAUUUCCAAUCCUAUUUCCUGCUGCCUUUCCCAUGGAGCUAAAUCCAGAUUACUUUAAUCACAGUUCCUUGUCAUAAACUGCAGAUGGGAGGACACAUGUACAGGUCAAACAAAUCUGAAGCAGCAAGCAAUAGUGAAAACAGGAACGGGAAAAUAGUCAAGCAAUGAGCAAGCUGGCAUAACCUGGACUGAAAGGUUUAACAUAGCAGAAAGGUUUCCGAAUCGAGACUUCGCAAGUAAGCAGGUGACUGUCACAGGGACGGGGAAUGGGUAUAGGCUGAGGUGUGUGGUUUGUUGGCUGACAGGGAUUCAUGGAAAAUGUAGUUUACCUGGCUGUGUCACAGAAGAAAGCAUUGCCAUGAUAUUCCUAUUGAGCAGAUUUUGUGUGUGACAAUCCUGCCAUCCAUGCCCCGAUAAUGAACCCAAAGUCACCUACACUUUUCCUCUUGCCAUCUUGCCAAAAUCUUUCCCUGCACCUGUCUGGAAUCAUCUUGGUCUUUAUAUUCAUAUUUUCCAUUUUUUCCUUUAAUUCGUCACUGAUCUGUAUAUGCAUAGCUACACAUAUGACUACAUAUGCAAUUUUAACUAUGCAAAAGUCUUAAAAAUGGUUUUUUUUUUUUUUUUUUAAUAGAUCACAUUAUGCAAUGAUAAAAUUAGUGUUUACGAGGCUCAAAAAGUUAUACAUUACACUGUAUG